ACUGCAAGUACUUAAAGCUUACGAACAGAGCUUCAUUCAGUACGUCCAAGAAGGCCAAUUCAAUUACAACAUGGAAGCCGAAAAAAAAGACGUCAAAUCUGUCAACUUUGUUGGAAACUUCUGGCAAGGCAAUGCUGACUUUGUCGCUAAAAUUGGUCCCUGGAAAUAUUCAUACAGCUAUGAAGGAAUCGCUCGUUACGUUUUGAGUGCUGCUCCUCAAUCUUUUGAAAAAUACAACUUCCUCCCAAGUGCACUGGACUUCUACCAAACAUCUCUUCGUGACCCAGUAUUCUACCAGCUUUAUAGCAAGAUUUUAAAAUACUUCAUCGAGUUCAAAAAAUACCUGGCUCCAUACACCCAAGAAGUUCUUCACUACGCUGGAGUCAAGAUCAACGACGUUAAGGUCGACAAACUGGUCACCUACUUUGACUACUACGAUUUUGAUGUAAACAACGCUGUUUGCUUAAGCCAAGAGGAACUGAAAUCUAGCAACUUCCCCUUCUAUGUUGUCCGCCAACCACGUCUUAACCACAAACCGUUCUCCGUAUCCGUUGAUGUUAAAUCUGAUGCUGAAGGCGAAGCCGUAUUCAAGAUCUUCCUUGGACCUAAAUACAGCAGCCAAGGUUACCCCAUCUCUCUUGAAGACAACUGGAUGAACUUCGUUGAGUUGGACUGGUUCGUGCAGAAGCUUAGCAAGGGACAAAACAAGAUUGAGCGUAAAUCCUCUGACUUCUACUACGUAAGGCAAGACUCCGCCCCCGUCCGCGAAGUACUCAAGAUGCUUGGAGAAGGCAAAGUACCCGUCGACAUGUCUGUUAAGCCUGGUGCAUUCCCAGAACGUCUUGUUCUACCUAAAGGUAACAAGGGAGGUUAUCCAUUCCAGAUCUUCGUCGUUGCGUACCCCUAUCAACAGUCUGCUAAGCAAGUCGAAUCCAUCAAGGUAUUCGCCAACGACAACAAGCCUCUGGGCUACCCUCUGGACCGCCCAGUCAACGAGGUCUACUUCAAGCAGCCCAACAUGUUCUUCGAGGAUGUCCACGUGUACCACGAGGGAGAACUCUACGCACAGUUACCGUUCGGUCUGGCAACCAUGAAGACUGUCUUGGUCCUAGCGAGUUUGGUGGCCCUGGCUUUAGCCGGGAGCAUUGUAGUCCCACAGAAAUCCUCUGUCGACUACAAGGUGAAGAAAGUUGACAAUGACUUCGUUGUGAGGCAACAACAACUUUUGAAGCUUCUGUACCAUAGCAGCCAACUGAACCCUGAAGCUGAAUACUACAAAAUCGGAAAGGACUAUGACAUCGGAGCACACAUUGGUGAUUACACUAACCAAAAAGCUGUUCAAGAAUUCUUGAACUUAUGGAAAGUGGGAUUCCUCCCCAAGAACAUUCCUUUCUCGAUCUUCAACGAGAAAUCCAAACAAGAAGCUGUAGCUUUGUUCCACGUGUUUUACUACGCUAAGGACUUCGACGUCUUCUACAAGACUGCCGCUUUCGCCCGCGUCUACUUGAACGAAGGCCAAUUCUUGUAUGCUUACUACAUUGCUGUGCUCCACCGUCCCGACACAAAGGGAGUUGUUCUCCCAGCUCCUUAUGAAGCCUACCCUGAACUCUUCACCAACGUUGAUGUUUGGAACAAAAUCAACCGCGUCAGGAUGGAAAAAGGCAUCAACCCAGUUGAAUUCGGAUCCGAAUACGAUGUUGUCCAAGAAAACGACAAAUACGUCUUCUACGUUCGCUACUCUAACUACUUCUCCUACACUAAUGAAGAACACAAGAUUUCGUACUUCACUGAAGAUAUUGGUCUUAACGCUUACUACUACUACUUCCACGCUUUCUUCCCAUUCUGGUUGGAGAGCGACGUACAGCCCGCUCUGAAGGAUCACCGUGGCGAGAUCUACUACUACUUCUACCAACAACUCUUGGCUCGCUACUACCUUGAGCGUCUAUCAAACGGUAUUGGUGAAAUUCCUGAAUUCGCAUGGGACAAGCAAAUUGUAUCUGGUUACAGGCCAAUGAUGAAAUACUACAACAACUUUGUUCAAAGACCUAAAUACUACCAAAUUCCUUACGAAUCCCAAGUCAAGGAACUGCAAGUGCUUAAAGCUUACGAACAGAGCUUCAUUCAGUACGUCCAAGAAGGCCAAUUCAAUUACAACAUGGAAGCCGAAAAAAAAGACGUCAAAUCUGUCAACUUUAUUGGAAACUUCUGGCAAGGCAAUGCUGACUUUGCCGCUAAAAUUGGUCCCUGGAAAUAUCCAUACAGUUAUGAAGGAAUCGCUCGUUACAUUUUGGGUGCUGCUCCUCAAUCUUUUGAAAAAUACAACUUCCUCCCAAGUGCACUGGACUUCUACCAAUCAUCUCUUCGUGACCCAGUAUUCUACCAGCUUUACAGCAAGAUCUUAAAAUACUUUAUCGAGUUCAAAAAAUCCCUGGCUCCAUACACCCAAGAAGUUCUUCACUACGCUGGAGUCAAGAUCAACGACGUUAAGGUCGACAAACUGGUCACUUACUUUGACUACUACGAUUUCGAUGUAAACAACGCUGUUUGCUUAAGCCAAGAGGAACUGAAAUCUAGCAACUUCCCCUUCUUUGUUGUCCGCCAACCACGUCUUAACCACAAAUCGUUCUCCGUAUCCAUUGAUGUUAAAUCUGAUGUUGAAGGCGAAGCCGUAUUCAAGAUCUUCUUUGGGCCUAAAUACAACAGCCAAGGUUAUCCCAUCUCUCUUGAAAACAACUGGAUGAACUUCGUUGAGUUGGACUGGUUCGUGCAGAAGCUUAGCAAGGGACAAAACAAGAUUGAGCGUAAAUCCUCUGACUUCUACUACGUAAGGCAAGACUCCGCCCCCGUCCGCGAAGUACUCAAGAUGCUUGGAGAAGGCAAAGUACCCGUCGACAUGUCUGUUAAGCCUGGUGCAUUCCCAGAACGUCUUGUUCUGCCUAAGGGUAACAAGGGAGGUUAUCCAUUCCAGAUCUUCGUCGUUGCGUACCCCUAUCAACAGUCUGCUAAGCAAGUCGAAUCCAUCAAGGUAUUUGCCAACGACAAUAAGCCUCUGGGCUACCCUCUGGACCGCCCAGUCAAUGAGGUCUACUUCAAGCAACCCAACAUGUUCUUCGAGGAUGUUCGCGUGUACCACGAGGGAGAGCUCUACCCUUGUAACACUGUUCCUCUUAUCGAAGUUAAGAAACACUAAAAGGAGAGAGAAAAGUGAUUUAUAUUAUUAUUAUUUCAAUUUUUAUUUAAUGUAUGUAUAAAUAAAACAAUAUUAAACUAUU